AUCAAAACACAUCUUGAUUGGAAGUGUCGGUGUGGACUUUAAUAUUUACAGUCUGUGGUGAGUGCAGCCUCUACUCAGAAGAAAUAAAGAAACUGUGCAGAGGCCUCGUGAACCUGGGGGGAAAAAAAAAUAUUCAACCUAUGCCUCAAAGAGUCCAGGAGAAAAACAACAACAACAAAACGGCUGUAAUUUCUGCAUUCAACAGACCUGCAGCCUCCCACUGAAUAUGAGGAGUAAAUAAUUGAUGAGUUCAGACUGUGGGGGGCAGCAAUACACCAAAUGCUGCGUCUAGUCUGCCAGGCCAACACGCAGAAGAAGAAUCUGUUAUGAGUUCAUUUAUUUUUUUUCCAGCAGGGAUUCAGCAAACAGACCCUCACUUCGGACGCUGUGUUUGGAGUUGAACAGAGAUCACAGUUUGAAGGAGUGACUGGAUGAUGCAGACCUUCACAGCCAUAAGAUCCUUUGUUUUCCACUAUCCUAAAACUAUUGCUCUGGUCACAGUUACAGGAGUGGGGCUUUUUGGAGCAAAGAAAUGGAUGGCAGGUGGAGUUUGUCACAGCAAAGCCCGAUUGGACGGAAAAACCGUCUUGAUCACCGGAGGAAACACAGGGAUUGGCAAAGAAACGGCCGUUGACAUGGCUCGAAGAGGCGCCCGGGUCAUUCUGGCCUGCAGAGACAUGGACCGAGCUAAUAACGCCGCAGAAGACGUGAAGAAGAGGAGUGGCAGUGUCAAUGUCGUUGUUAAAAAGUUGGACUUGGCGUCUCUCCAAUCAGUGCGGCAGUUAGCUGAAGACGUUCUAGCGAGUGAAGAGAGGCUGGACGUUCUCAUCAAUAACGCAGGUGUUAUGAGGUGUCCAAAAUGGCAAACCGAAGAUGGCUUUGAAAUGCAGCUCGGUGUGAACCACCUGGGCCACUUCCUAUUAACGCACUGCCUGUUGGAUCUCCUGAAGAAGUCAGCCCCGAGCCGCAUUGUCAACGUCUCCAGUCUAGCUCAUGAAAGAGGUCAAAUCUAUUUUGAUGACAUACACCAGGAGAAAGAUUACCGCCCUUGGAAAAGCUAUUCACAAAGUAAACUGGCCAAUGUUCUCUUCACAAAGGAGCUGUCCAACAGGCUACAAGGCACAGGGGUUAAUACUUACAGCCUUCACCCUGGAGUGAUCCGGACUGAGCUGGGGCGACACUUCUGGCCCGCGAUGCCCCUGUGGAAGAGAGUUGUGUACACACCGCUCAUGUUCUUCAUCAAGUCCCCAGCAGAGGGGGCUCAAACCACCAUUUACUGUGCCGUGGAGGAGAGCCUGCAGAAUCAAAGUGGACUCUACUACAGCGACUGCGCCCCUAAAACAGCGGCCCCUCAGGGUCGGGAUGACGAAGCUGCCAAGAAGCUGUGGGAUCUGAGUGCCUCCAUGGUUGGUCUGACAAAAUCAUAGUGACAUCAGCGACGAUGGUUUUGAUGAUGAUGAUAAAUGUCAUCAUCGCAACGGACUGCCAAGUGGCCCGAGGAACGAACUGCUGCUUUUGUCUAAUGAGCAUCUGCGUGGUGACUGUCAGAUGAGUGACUCGAGUAAACAAACAGAAAUUCACAAGUGAUAGACAUUUAUUCAGAGUAAACAACGAACGACUUUCAAAAAUACUAUGGAUUCUAUAAUGUCUUUCCUUAAACAGAAGCAAUGCUUCACAGGUAAGUUACAUGGAAGCUGUGUGAUCUUUCCUUUUGAUUGCCAUUAGCGUGAAAUGACAUUUUUUUUUAAAUGGACAAGUUUCACCAAUGUCUGUGCUGACUGAAGUUUUCAAAUGUCACUCAAUGGUAAUUAAAUUCAUUGUGUAAGAA